AUGCCACCAAAGCUACCCGAAGGAGGUAAAACCUUGGUCUACUCGACAGUCGAUAAUCAUGAAAUCAAAUUCGAUUACUGGUUACCCCGCAUCGAAGGGAACCUCCCCGCAAUGAUCUAUUAUCACGGCGGCGGUAUGACAGCAGGCUCACGGCGAGGUGGUGGCUUUCCACACUGGAUGUACAAUCACUGCCAAGACAAAGGCUAUAUCUUCAUCUCCGCAGACUACCGUCUCUGCCACCCAAGCAACGCCAUUGAUCAAAUAGAAGAUGCAAAAGCCCUCUUCACCUUCUUAUCAGGCCCAUCAUUCGCCACGCAUCUUUCUCAAGCUACGAAUAUAGACACAGCUCGCAUCGCAGUAACAGGCUUCUCAGCAGGCGCCUACUCCGCCCGCGCAGCAUGCCUAUACGCAACACCCAAACCCGCAGCUCUCCUCUCAGUCUACGGCCUAGGCGGCCACAUGCUUCUAGACCACUGGACAGCCGCCCGACCACCAACCUCUCUUGCUAAAUUCUUCGAUCUAAACUCUGUUCCCGCUCUACUAGCUGAUAAGACCAUUGUAAGCGAUGAUGUAGCCGAAGGUUUUGCAACGAAGCGCUUCGCGCUAACGAUACACUGGGAAAUCACGGGAACUUUCUUAGAUGGAGUUUUCCAAAGACCGGGACUGGGCGAAAUGCUUAAUGCGUUUCCGGUGGAGAAGAGAUUUGAGGCUGUGCCGGAGAUUUUGAAGAGUGGGAUGUUGCAGGAGUUUGUGACUGGGGACUAUCCGCCUUCUGUGUUUGUGCACGGGAAGGCGGAUGAGGUUGUUACUCCUGCUGAAAGUGAGUUUCAUCAUGAGCAGCUGGGAAAGUUGGGGAUUGCGACGGAAUUAUUCCUUAUUAAAGAUGGGCCGCAUGGGUUGGAGGGUUCGAUUAAGAUGCGGAAGGCGAUGGGUCAAGAGGUUGAGGGGGGAGAGAAGGUGAUUGAGGAUUGCAUGGAGGCGUAUAGCAAGGCUUUGGUGUUUAUCGAUGGUGUCUUUGCUGGGAUUUAA